GGCUGGAUUGGGGAACUACGAAAAAACGAAAAAAAAAAAGAAAGAAAAUGAGGCUCAGUUAUCUCUCACAGCGAAAAUCGAGGCGGUAUCAGGAAAGAUUUAAGGCGAGAUUGGAAAAGAUUUUGGAGCUCGAAAAUCGCCGUGUUGACAUUCCUAAUUUCGAAGUUGGAUCAAGAAAGAUUUGGGGCGGGAUCAGGGAAGAUUUUAGAGUUCAAAAACCGCUGUGUUGACAUCCCUAAUUUUUUUGCCUAAAAUUUUAGUUUUAAUGAUUUUUUUAUUAUUCUAUUGCAUGACUUAUAUCACUUUUUUAUUUUUCAUAUUGGGAAGAAGAUGGAGUAUGACGCGGUUAUGGGAGUCUAUGGUGCUUCACGCAGAUGUGACGGCUGCGAUGAAGAAAUCGGACAGUUCGAUUUGAUGCCAGUAAUCAUCGGACAGUCCGAUUAGGGGCUGGGAAGGUACACAAAUCGGACCGUCCGAUUUGCGAUCCGAUUUGUGCCCCCGUCACGUGUCACGCAUGCAGGUUGAUGAGCCCACCAGGAUGUAUAUACUCCAAAGCUGAUUCAAUGCCCCAUUCCCUUUCACUUUCGAAGCAGCAACCACAAAUCAUCUUCUCCUCCAACCCCACCAGCUUCAUUUAUUCAUUCUCCUCCAUUGAUGAACCUUUGCAUAAAAAAAAAUUGGAUCACUCAUUUUUAACAAUGCCUAGAAGAAGAAGAAUAAAAGAUGUCAAUCAUCUGGAGCUCUACAUUGCUAAUUAUCUUGAUCAUCCUAACUAUGGUUAUAGAAUGUUGCAAUGUGACCAUUACAUGCUGCUGGAUCGGUACAAUUCAAUAGUGGAGGGGUAUUUACGGGACACCGGCUUUUAUCAUAUUUUACAGAUUGGAGUUGUCCAAUGUCAGUCGGCAUUGGUUAAUGCUCUGAUCGAGAGAUGGCGCCCUGAGACUCACACAUUUCAUUUUUCGGUUGGUGAGUGUGCCGUGACGGUGGAAGACGUGGCGUUAAUUUUUGGUCUUCCGACGAAUGGUCUGCCAGUUAUAGGACCGACACUCAGUAGUUAUGAGGCAUUAGAGGGUGAAUGCUUGGAUCAAUUAGGUGUUGCACCUAAGAAGGCAGACUGUAGAGGAAGUUUUAUCAAGUUGACGUGGUUUCGAAGAUUGAAAGAUUGUUUAGUGUUGGUUGAUGAUAUUCAUAUUCAAAGGUACGUGAAGUGCCACAUAAUGCUAUUGUUUGGGACCGUCGUGUUUGGAGAUAAGUCUGGGGCAGGGGUGCACUGAAAGUUUCUGUCGUUACUCCAUAACAUUGUCGGGAUCAUACAGUUCAGUUGGGGAUCGGCAUGCCUGGCACGCCUGUAUAGAGCGUUGUGUAGGGCAACCGUGUCGACUGUAAGGAGAUUGAUGGUCUGCUGACACUUUUGCUUAUCUUGGCUUGGAUCCGUCUACCAUUUAUUGCGCCGAUUCCUGGCAAUCCUCGAAUCUUUCC